AUGACAGUCACCCUUCAUUGUCUAGCAGACGUGUGUCUCAUACCAAUUGGUACAGGUUCAGCCUCAGUUUCCGAUGAAGUCACAAUAAUCACCAAAUUAGCCCAGAAAUCACCAUUGGCGACCACUUUACAUUCAGCAGGCACGACGAUUGCUGGUCCAUGGAAUGAAGUGAUGGAUUUGAUUGGAUCGAUGCAUGAGGUGUUGCACAAGAGAGGCGUUGCUCGUAUACAGAGUGAUAUUAGAGUUGGGACUAGGGUUGAUAAACAUCAGACACCUCAAGAGAAGAUCGACGUGGUGGAGAGAAAGUUAAAGAGUACAUCGUCGCCAUGA